CCCUCGCCCAGAGCCUCGCAGGCAGCCAGCAAGCGCGGGGAGCGCUCUGGGAUGGGACUUGAAGGCGGCGGCUCAGGACACGGCGUUGGCGCGGGCUUCUUCGUCGCGUCUCGGGAGCGGUGCUCCAGGGGCGCUGCGGUCCUCGGCGGGGCGAGGCGGCGAACGACCGAGACAGACCCGUGCGACUGCGCCCCUGCCUCGCUUUCCCGGUGCCGGCGGCGGUGGCUGCAGCCACACCCCUGCUCCCCUUGAAUAUGGAGAAGAUGCUGGUGGCGUGCUUGCUAAUGCUUGGGCAGUUCCUUGUUCUGCCGGCUGGAGCCAGGGAUCGUCCCCAAACCAGGUUCCCCUCCAGAGGCCGCCAUGUCCGGACGCACCCCCAGACUGCACUGCUGGAGAGCUCCUGUGAGAACAAGCGGGCGGAUAUGGUGUUCAUCAUCGACAGCUCCCGAAGCGUCAACACCCACGACUACGCAAAGGUCAAGGAGUUCAUCCUGGAUAUCCUGCAGUUCUUGGACAUUGGUCCCGAUGUCACCCGGGUAGGCCUGCUCCAGUACGGCAGUACGGUCAAGAACGAGUUCUCCCUGAAGACUUUCAAGAGGAAGUCUGAGGUGGAGAGAGCUGUCAAGAGGAUGAGGCAUCUGUCCACGGGCACCAUGACGGGGCUGGCCAUCCAGUACGCCUUCAACAUCGCCUUCUCGGAAGGGGAGGGAGCCCGGCCCUUGCAGGAAAAUGUCCCGCGGGUCAUAAUGAUUGUGACCGACGGGAGACCUCAGGACUCGGUGGCAGAGGUCGCUGCGAAGGCCCGGGACACGGGCAUCCUGAUCUUUGCCAUCGGCGUGGGUCAGGUGGACCUGAACACGCUAAAGGCCAUCGGGAGUGAGCCCCACAAGGACCACGUCUUCCUGGUGGCCAACUUCAGCCAGAUUGAGUCUCUGACCUCUGUGUUCCAGAACAAGCUGUGCACGGUCCACGUGUGCAGUGUCUUGGACCACGGCUGCGCCCACUUCUGCAUCAACACACCUGGCUCAUACACCUGCAGGUGCAGGCAAGGGUACAUCCUCAACGCGGACCAGAAGACUUGCAGAAUCCAGGACCUGUGUGCCACAGAGGACCACGGCUGUGAGCAGCUAUGUGUGAACGUCCCGGGUUCCUUCGUCUGCCAGUGCUACGGUGGCUACACCCUCGCCAAGGAUGGGAAGCAAUGUGCAGCCGUGGACUUCUGCGCCUCAGAAAAUCAUGGAUGUGAGCACGAGUGUGUAAACGCUGAAGGUUCCUACCUGUGCCAGUGCCGUGAGGGAUUUGCUCUUAACCCAGAUAAGAAAACAUGCACAAAGAUAGACCACUGCGCCUUAUCUAAUCAUGGGUGUCAGCAUGAGUGUGUUAAUGGCCUGACGUCCGCUUUCUGCCGCUGCCUGAAAGGCUUCAUGCUGAACCCAGACGGGAAAACCUGCCGAAGGAUCAACUACUGUGCCCUGAACAAACCAGGCUGUGAGCAUGAGUGUGUCAACACGGAAGAGAGCCACUAUUGCCGCUGCCGUCGGGGCUACGCUCUGGACCCCAAUGGCAAGACCUGCAGCCGGGUGGACCACUGUGCCCAGCAGGACCAUGGCUGCGAGCAGCUGUGCCUGAACACGGACGAAUCCUUCGUCUGCCAGUGCUCGGAGGGCUUCCUCAUCAACGAUGACCUCAAGACCUGUUCUAGGGUGGAUUACUGCUUGCUGAGCGACCACGGUUGUGAAUACUCCUGUGUCAACACAGACAGAUCCUUUGCCUGUCGGUGUCCUGAGGGUCACGUGCUCCGCGGCGACGGGAAGACCUGUGCAAAACUGGACUCUUGUGCUUUGGGGGACCACGGUUGCGAACACUCAUGUGUAAGCAGUGAAGACUCAUUCGUGUGUCAGUGUUUUGAGGGAUACAUCCUCCGUGACGAUGGGAAGACUUGCAGAAGGAAAGACGUCUGCCAGGCUGUAGACCACGGCUGUGAGCACCUUUGCAUCAACAGUGGCGAGUCGUACAUCUGCAAGUGUCCGGAGGGAUUCAGGCUGGCUGAGGAUGGGAAGCGCUGUAGAAGGAAGGAUGCCUGCAAGUCCACCCACCACGGCUGUGAACACAUAUGCGUGAACAACGGCGAUUUUUAUACGUGCCGGUGCUCAGAGGGGUUUGUCCUGGCUGAGGAUGGGAGGCGUUGCAAGAGGUGCACUGAAGGCCCAAUCGACCUAGUCUUUGUGAUUGACGGAUCCAAGAGCCUCGGGGAAGACAAUUUCGAGAUCGUGAAGCAUUUCGUCGCUGGGAUCAUCGAUUCCUUGGUGGUUUCCCCGAAAGCUGCUCGGGUGGGGCUGCUGCAGUAUUCCACACAGGUCCACACCGAGUUUUCCCUGAGGGACUUCAGCUCAGCCAAGGACAUGAAGAAAGCCGUGGCCCACAUGAAGUACAUGGGCAAAGGCUCUAUGACUGGGCUGGCCCUGAAACACAUGUUUGAGAGAAGUUUCACCCAAGUAGAAGGGGCCAGGCCCCUCUCCACACGGGUGCCCAGAGUAGCCAUCGUGUUCACCGACGGGCGGGCUCAGGAUGAUGUCUCCGAGUGGGCCAGCAAAGCCAAGGCCACUGGUAUCACUAUGUAUGCUGUUGGUGUCGGGAAAGCCAUUGAGGAGGAGCUCCAGGAGAUCGCGUCUGAGCCCGCUGACAAGCAUCUCUUCUAUGCAGAAGACUUCAGCACGAUGGACAAGAUAAGCGGAAAGCUGAAACAAGGCAUCUGUGAAGCUCUAGAAGACUCUGAUGGAAGACAGGAUUCCCCUGCAGAGGAACCGUCAAAGCAGACCCACCACCCAACAGAAUCUGAGCCAGUCACCAUAAAUAUCCGAGACCUACUUUCCUGUUCUAAUUUUGCAGUGCAACACAGAUACCUGUUUGAAGAAGACAAACUUGCACGAUCUACACAAAAGCUUUUCCACUCAACAAAAUCCUCAGGAAGCCCUUUGGAAGAAAGCCAGGACCAAUGCAAAUGUGAAAACCUAAUCAUGUUCCAGAACCUUGCAAACGAGGAAGUAAGAAAACUGACCCAGCGCCUAGAAGAAAUGACGCAAAGAAUGGAAGCCUUGGAAAACCGCCUACGGUACAGAUGAAGACUAGAAAUGCUUUUGUGUUUGUACACCAUUAUGAAAAGGAUUUUAAAGAGUGGAGUCGCAACACUCACACCAGAGGUAAAUCUGUAAAGUGAAACCCAACCAGCUACAGAAGACACUGGAUUGCUGUACAAGAAAUGCAGACACUAGUAGACGCUAAGGUGUCUAGAUUUCUCAUUGGGGGUGGGGGAUCCUCCUGAAUCCUAGUCAACCACGAGAAUGAGCUGUGCAGUGAAAUCUCAUUUGACAAGUCUCAAUUCUGCACAAAACUGACUCAGCAAAUUGCUAUUUUUUUGUAUUGGAAUUUACUUUGAUGCAUAUGGACAUGGGUAAAUUAUGGGACCUAUGCUCUGUUCAAUUUUUAUACAUUAAAAUCCACCUCUCCAGAAAACAUUGAAUAAAACUCCUAGUUUAAAUGUAUACAUGGGAGCUGGAGACGGCUCAGUGGUUGAGAGCAUUGGCUGCUCUUCCAGAGGUCCCGAGUUCAAUUCCCAGCAACCACGCGGUGGCUCCCAACCAUCUGUAAUGAGAUCUGGUGCCCUCUUCCAGUGUGCAAGCAUACAUGCAGAGCAUUGUAUACAUAAUAGAUCUUCAAUAAAUAAAUGCAUACAUGAUAAAGAGCUAAUAUUAACCAGAAAGGGAAAAAAACAGGUUAACAUACUUGCCAGCUUGGUACAACCAGUCUGACUAGCGAUGGUUACCAAAGUUUUACAGAUGGUCUGGGUUCAGUUAUCCAGCAACCACAUGGUAGCUCAUGACUAUCUAGUAAGUGGUUGCUGGGAACGCUACGCCCUCUACUGGUUACACUGAGUAAAGAAUGAAAUCUGUCUUCACACUCUGGGAGACAGCAAAUGCUAAAUGUACAACACGGAAGUUACUAUUUGGACAAAAUGUAAAAGUUUUAGCCUAGAUAUUCACAAACACAAUGGGGAACUGUCUUAGCACCAGGAAAUACUCAAAAAUUUUUAAUGUUGCAUAAAAUGCUGAGUCCUUGGUUCUCUAGGACCAUGGUGAGAGGCAGAUGUGACUAAUGCCAUUUUUUUUUUUUUGUUUUUCGAGACAGGGUUUCUCUGUGGCUUUGGAGGCUGUCCUCGCUUGGUAGUCGAGGCUGGUCUCGAACUCACGGAGAUCCGCCUGCCUCUGCCUCCCGAGUGCUGGGAUUAAAGGCGUGCCUCACCAACGCCCGGCCUAAUGCCAUUUUUUAAAAAGGCUCCACCUUGUCCUCAUCAAAUACAGGCAAGCCCAGAAUGGGGGCAGGAACCUUCUGCCACAAUGGGCCAAAGCACAGGCAAGUCCCAACGAUGAACCAGAGCGCCUUUCCAUGAAGCAGGACUAUCUGCCACAUUAUACAACUAACUCCAUUCACGACUAGCCUAAAGUUUGUUUCUUAGUUCUGUAAUUGCAAUUCUGUUUCUGUGUGGCUUUAGAGGCUGUCCUGAGCUCUGCAGACCAGGCUGGUCUCGAACUCAAGAGAUCCAUCUGCUUCUGCCUUCCGGAGUGCUGGGGUUAAUAAAGGUGUGCGCCACCACCUACGCCCGGCUGUAAUUGCAAAUCUUUAUCUCUUAAA